UGUUGUUCGUGUUGCAAUCUGCUUCGCGGAAGUGAUCUGCUAUCUGAAGUAGUUGAGCUGCACGCGGCUUGAUCGCAGAAGGUCUGGACCAGGAUGGAUGUCGUCUUUAAAGAAGGCCUGGUGCAUCUGCAAGGCUUCAAGUUUGGAAAAAAAUCGUGGCGUAAAAUGUGGCUGGUUGUGUCCCAGUCCAACUCGUCUGGUGUCAGCCGACUGGAGUUCUACUCUGCGCUGGAGAACAGCUCCGCUGCAGACCAGAGGUCCUCCCUCAGGAAAGUCAUCCGGCUCUGCGACUGCAUCAGUAUCAUCCCCGCGCCAAACACCCCCUGCCCUGCAGGAUGCAGCGCCUUCUACCUAAACACCUCCGAGUCCACCUACACGCUGGCCUCCACCAGCAGCCAGGACUGGCUGCACGCCCUGUGCCUCCUGGCCUUCCAGAAGGAUCCUGACGGGGAGUCCCUGCACGGGGGUUCGGAGGCAGACCAGGCCAUGGCCAUGACCGACAACGCCAUAUACUCAGCGUGGGAACGCGAUAUGAUCCUGCCGCAGAACCACUUCCUGGUCAGCGCCCAGACCACGCCCGCCUCACAAAGGUGCAACCUGGCCGGCGACUACCUGGUGGUCCCGCAGAGCGAGACGCUGGUGCUGCUGGACGUGCGCUCUCGCCAUGUGAUCUACAGCUGGCCGUACAAGCUGCUGCGCAAGUACGGACAAUUCCAGGGGGGGUUCAGCAUUGAAGCGGGCCGUCGCUGUGACUCCGGGGAGGGCGUCUUCUCCUUCUCCUCCAAGAGCGGGCCUCAGAUCUUCAAGGCCAUAACAGCUCACUGCUCCUCAGCUCAUAUGAGCGUGUCAACGCUUGACCAGCUUCCCCUGGUGUCCCCACCUGGACCCCCUUCCAGUCACCCCUCAGAGACAGAGAAUGAAUAUUCAACCAUUAAUUAUUUGCCGGCAGAAAGUGGACAAGAACCGUCGUUUCCAAGCGUCACAGCUAAAGAGGAAGAGGAGGAGGAUGAAGAUGAAGAUGACUGGUGUCUCUCGCUGGAGGCGGUCAACCUCCAUAAUGUCAUAGACCCCAGUGUUUAUUACAACUUAAGGAAAGUGGCGCUGAAGUCUGAGAAAGCAGAGUGCUAUUCGGACGUCACCCCUCAGACUGCUGUCUAUGCCCAGCCCAUCCCCAAACACCUGCGGCAGCGGCAGCAGCCGGAGAACAGCGACCCUGAGGUGACCUCCCAAGUGCGGGCGCGAACACAGCCGACAGAAUACCGGAGGUCGUCUGGGAGCUUGACUCCCUCGCAGACCAACGGCAGUUUUAAACGCAGGCUGGCAGAAAUCCUCUCAAAAGACCCAGGCAAAGUCCCCGCAGCUCUUUCCCUGGGUGCUGGCGCCGCGGACCUCUCCGACUAGAGCCUCGUGUGGCUCGGCUGAUGGACUCUGUUAUCGACUCCACUCUCUCACAUGGCAGAAUAGAGCUUUGGACCUUUUCGUCUUAUUCUUCUUCAACUGUUAACACCUGCCUCAUGGAAUUAUUUAAAAUUAAAUCACCAUACUUUACUUGCAAAUGUAGUAGUCUACUUACCAAGUGUCGUCACAACUUGUUCCGGCUGGUCAAAUGAAUAGGCUGUUCUUAAUAGGUCAGAGGUCAAAUCACUCUCAGAGAACGACACUACCACCCUCCUCUCUUGUCGGCUGAUCCACAAUUCUGCCGCUCUCCCUUCAGGCUUUUCCUUUUUGAACCUUUUGAGUGCCAUCUUGUUAGUACUUCGUCCCAUCUGGCUGGUGUGAAACGCUGGUUGCCCCAUACAGACUCUUGAAAUGAAAAAUGAAACCCUUGAUCCACAAGUUGUGCAGCAUUAAAAUACCACUUGACGUUGGUGACUUUUAACCUGCCAAAUCAAAAGGUAAAUAUAGCCAAAAACAAUUGUUUUUGUCUGGUCAUGUCUGGUUUCUGGUCAUGGUCACAUGUUCUGAAAUACAUGUAAAUAUCUUGUCAACAUUAUCAUAUCAACAGUAUUGACUCGGCUCAUCAUUUUGUGACGUACAUUUGCUGUCGACUUGUUUUGAGCCUGUGCUCAUAUGUGCAUUCUGGCAGCCAGUAAUAGCUUUAAAACCUCAUGUAGCUCCAAGUUCUUCCAAGAUCCAGCAUGAAUAAUGUGACAUCGUCUGCAUACAAAGAUUGUUCGUGCUCCCACCAUUAAACCUUGAGGAACCUUGUUUUACUUCUUUUCCCGUCUCAUAUAUGUAUUUCCUGUUGAAAUAUGAUUCUGGCAUCCACUUCUGAAAAUAGUUGUAGAGCUGUGCAGAUCCAAAACAUGAAUUUGACCAUCGUAGGGGAUUGGGAAAAGACAUUGGACUGAACAUGAAUGUAAUGUUGCUGCUGACGCCAGUAAAAUGGUUAUUGAAAAGAAAAUUAGAGAAAAAAUAGAAUUGUAAAUUAUAAUUUCCUUGAA